AUGGAAAUUGCGCCUCUUAAUCUACCGAUUUACAGAUCUUCAUCCUAUGAAAUUGUUAAUCAUGGGGAUCGCUACCAUGUGGUCAAAUCUCAAACAAAAAUUUCCGAUGGACUUUCUGCACGUGUCACUAGAAUCGUCAAUGAUCUUAAUACAAAAAAUAAUACACCGGAAAUCGAAAACAUCUUCAGUAAACUCACUGCGGAAAUUAAUACUAAAAUCACCAAUGAAUUUUCCACUCGCCUUUCUGAAGUUAAUUCUUCCUUCACUGCGGAGCUUGUGAGAAACAACAAUGAACUUAAUAAGAAACUUACUGGAAAAAUCGCUAAAAUCAAUUCACGUGAUGCUGGCUACUUCUCUGAGGCGCAGAACAUUUUAUCGAUGAUCAACAAUAUUGAAGAAGACUGCCGUAAUGAUUUUGGCAAAAUUUCAUCUGAAUUCAAUUCGGUCAGGGCCUCUAUUGAAGCUCUCCGAAAUGAAAUGAUCCAAUGUUAUGCAAUUGCCCAAAGACUUCAGAUCGAAUUUGAUCAGUUGAGUGAGAACCAAUCCGAGGCUUCGAAUCGAUCACGUGGAAGCGCUAAUUCUUUAUCCGUGGGGGAGACUAAUGACUAUGCGCUUGAAACUGUGAGACGUGAAAUUCGACAUCUUACCGGGGAAAAGAUUGGAAAGAGUACUGUAGAAAGUUUUUAUUAUGGUAAAGGGGAACCAAAAUAUACCACAUUGAUGUCAAUUAUGAGAUGGGUAUAAAGUAAAGAA